UGAUUUUGCAUUUCCAAGGAAGAGGUCUGUAUGUAAAAACAAUACAGAUGUCUCUCCUGUCAGCCCCAGCAUGCUGCUUUGUAUUGCUUAGCAGAGCAGCAUGCUUACAUAGCAAAACAGCACACAGCACAUAAUAUGAAACACACACAGUCCACAGUUAACCCUUUGAUAACCUCAGAUGUUAACCCCUUCCUGCCCAGUAUUAGUACAGUGUCAGUGCUUUUUAUUAGCACUGAUCACUGUAUUAGUGUCACUUGGGGAUGUUAGUGGCAGUUAGUCAGUUCCCCCCAGUGUCAGAAUGCCCGCUUCAGUCCUG